ACUACAUCUCGUUGACCUUGCCGAUCGACACAUUCAAUAGCGAACUGAGUAAAGAUUGUUAAAUUUGUUACUGUAGAUCUCUGGUAAGAAAAUCAUGCUCAAAUAUUAUCUCCAGAAAUUUGGAAAAAUUUGACAAUAUUGCCACUGCUCUAUAGUUUUUAAUAUCAGUACUACCUAGAAGCCUACUCUGGCAUUCCAUCUCAGCACCCAACGUGUUAUCCUGUCACUAAGCUCACCACCUACAGUGUGAACUCAGCCUAGCACUUUACUUUUCCCCUAAACCCAUGGUUAAAAUGUUGUGUUCCUUCACUUUAAGCGCUUAAGUCAGCUUUGGCGUAAAUUAUAUGAACGUACGGUAUCUGUACCCUUGGAAUUAAUUUUACAACCUCUGCUUCUCUUUGUUUUUUUCAGCGAAGCUCUCAUUCAAGCUCUGAAUUCAGUGUGUCGCAUCUCAAGGCACUGUAGUGCAAACUGACUUCAGAUUCGCGAUUUGCGAUGAUUUGUGCCAGGUAGACCGAUGUUCUGCGUAUCUAGAGAAGCAAACACCAACCAAAAAAUCUAUAUAGAUCUGUCAGUAGAUGGGAAAUGGUUGGUUUCAGGCGGAACCGACGGUAAGGUACAAGUGUGGAAUGUCGAACAGCAGACUUAUCCUACUGUUCACAUGCAGAUGGGGCUACACAAGGACUGUGUCAACGGGGUCAGUCUGCAUCCUUAUCGACCGAUAUUGGCGACCGCGUCAGGACAACACCACGCCCAAGACCCACUACAUCACACCAGACAUGCGAAAGUGUACGAGAACGCGUUGGGUAUGUGGUGGUUGGGCCAGCAACAGGAGGACAAUGAUAUCAUUACUGCCAUCAUUAAAGCAGCCACUCAUACUUAACUGUAGGUUUAUUUAGGUGUUACUCUGUUGAAUAAAUUAGGUUUUUGUAUAAA